UAUGUAUGUAUAAGAUUAGUUUGUUGUCAUAAACGAAAAUAUCCAGGUAAGAAGAUAAGAUAUAAAUAAAUAAAAAGCUAGUAGUAUAUAAUUAGUAAACUAAAACACGGAUUAAAACGUAAGAUCCCCCAUAAUCCUCUCGGUCUUUCUUCUUCUUUCCAUAAUAAAAAUCAAAAAACAAAAUUACACAUCUCUCUCUAUCGAACUUGUUGUGUAUAUACGGAGGAGCUUUUAUUACAGAUUAAAGUGUUUUUGGCUUUUUGUGUUGUGUGUUUGUGCGGAUGACUCGUCGGUGUUCGCAUUGUAGCUAUAAUGGGCAUAACUCCCGCACGUGCCCGACUCGUGGGGGUUGUGGUGGUGGCACGUGCGGUGGAAACGGAGGAGGAUCUUCUGCUUCUUCUUCCUCCUCCUCUGCCGUGAAGCUGUUCGGCGUGAGGUUAACGGAUGGGUCGAUUAUCAAGAAGAGUGCGAGUAUGGGUAACCUCUCGGCAUUGGCCGUGCACCACCGCUUGUCUCCGUCGUCUCCUUUGGCGACGGGGAAUCAUAACGACUCGCCGUUGUCGGAUCAUGGGAGGUACUCUAGUCAAGAGAAGGGAGGGUAUUUGUCGGAUGAUCCAGGUCAUGGUUCUGGGUCUAUCCACCACCGUCGUGUGGAGAGGAAGAGAGGUGUUCCUUGGACUGAGGAGGAGCACAGGCUAUUCUUAGUGGGUCUCCAGAAGCUAGGCAAAGGAGAUUGGCGUGGUAUUUCAAGAAACUAUGUGACUUGAACUUAAGAACACCAA